AUGAGGGGUUUCAGUGGGCAAAAAGUCAAUCUGAAUAAGUCAGCUAUCUUUUUCAGUCACAACACACCUCAGAACACAAGACUAGCAAUUGCUCAGACACUAAAUAUUGAACAUAUCGGAGCACAAGACAAAUACCUGGGACUGCCCUCUAUAGUUCAAAAAUCAAAGAAAGCAACCUUUGGAGCUAUCAAGGAUAAAGUUCAGAAGAGGAUUAUGGGUUGGAAAAGAAGUCUAUUGUCAUCAGAUGGUAGGCACACACUAUUGAGAGCGGUGGGGGAGGCGAUUCCUAUUUAUACACUCUCUUGUUUCAAGCUCCCGGACACGCUGUUGACUGAGAUUCAUAGCAUGCUCUCACAAUUUUGGUGGGUACAAAAAGGCGCAGAACGAAGAAUGGUUUGGAUUAAAUGGGACACAAUGACGAGACCGAAGAAAGAUGGCGGGCUGGGGAUCAAGGACCUAAGGGCGCAAAAUUUGGCUUUAUUGGGAAAACAAUGUUGGUGUCUAAUGAAAUACCCUAAUUCUACUCUAUCAAGAAUACUCAAAGCUAAAUAUUUCAGAUAUACAGAUUUCCUAUAUGCAGAGAUAGGAAGCGUACCGUCGUGGGGCUGGAGAAGUGUUAUUGAAGGGCGCAAGGUGAUCGAGAAAGGCUUGUUAUGGAAAAUAGGCUCUGACGCUAAUGUUCGCAUCUUCCAUGACCCCUGGCUCCCACCACCAGUGCCCUUUAAUGUCCCUUAA